GAUUUCUCCCUCCUUUUCUGUAUUGGUUUGGUCCAUUACUACACUGGUUCCUGCUCUACAGGAAAGGUAUAGCUUCUCUUAGUGUUGUCAGGUGAGCUUGGUAGUUGCUGGAGGCUGAUUUAAGGCCAUUGAUCUUUCUUUAGUUUGUAAAUAAACUUUCUGAUGAGGUUUACUGAAGAACAGCUAGAAGGACACUGAGCUGUGGAACUGGAGACAGGUGGUUUGCUUUCAUUAUACUGACAAUUCAUGUCCUGUGCAUUAUUGAAGAAAGUGGGGAACGGAAGCCCUUGAGCGACUAAGGUCUGUGAUCUUUCUCACAAGCAAAGGAAUGAAGAAGUUAAGAGGUUGUUUAGACAUCUGCCAAACGUUGACCAUUUAACUGUUGAGUUAAGCAAAGCCGGAACCUUUGGUAGAUUGAGUAGCAGAGCUGGCUACACUAAGAAAUGGAAGAAAGAGAAACAUUACAGCUGCCGGAGUCUAGUCAUUUGGGGGGAUCCAGCAGAAAUAUAAAUGAUAAUUUCAGUGGGCAUUUGGAGAGACCUUCCCCUAACAAAAUCAUCCGUGUGGAUAGUCCAGUUCAAGAUACUGUUCCUGAUGGGGUAUUAAGCAGUGUGUUCAAUAACAACUUGCCAGUAAGGAGCACAAGUCCAGUUCAGCGUGAGGAAUCCCCGAAUGAAGGACAAAUCCAUAGGAGUUCUGCUGUCAUUUCAGAAAAAGAUGGGCAUCAGAGGAAUAUCAGGUCAUUUCCAACUAAUCUGGAUCUGAAUGGGAAUGAAGAUCUCCCAGCUGACCAAAGCUACACCCAACAUGUUCCAAGUGAACGUAAGAAUGUUCCUAUUCAGAUAGAUUUGCCAGGGCGACUAUACAUUAACCGGAUUUUCCACAUCAGUGCUGAAACAAUGUUUGAACUACUCUUUAAAAAAGAGUCUCCGUUUAUCCAAACAUUUAUGGACUCAAGGAAGAUCAAAGAUGUAGUUAUAGGCUCCUGGAAAAAAGAUGAAACCAGUGGCAACAACCUAAGGUUUUUGAAUUAUGUGAUAACUAUCUCCAACCCAGUGAUUGGCAAGUUCACAAGUGCUACAGAAAAACAGAUGUGGUACCAAAACCGCCAUGAUAGUGGGCUGUUCAUGGUGGAUGCAGAGGUGACAAUGAAUGAAGUGCCAUACCAUGAUUACUUUUAUAAUGUGAACAGAUACUGCAUUAUACACACUUCUAAACAUAAGUGUAGGUUACGGGUGUCUAGUGAUAUAAGCUACAGAAAACAGCCAUGGGGUCUGAUCAAAUCUUUCAUUGAGAAGAACUCCUACAAUGGCUUGGAGGAUUACUUCAAACAAUUAGAAUCAGACCUUGUGGCAGAGGAGAAAUUGCUGAACGAUCAUUCACCAGAAUCCAGACUUCGCAGAAGAAGACAGAAUUGGAAUGAGAACUUAACAGACCAUGGCCAGCGUUCCUGUCUGAAACGUAGUACUAAUAAUCUGAAUCAAAAAGAGGCAGAUGGUACCGCAGGAAGAAGUUCGAGAAAACAUCCCUACAAGGGCACUUCCUUCACUGUAAUGCUGGCACUCAGCUUUUUCUUAAUAUUGCUGGUCUUGCUGAACAUCACGCUUUUCAUCAAACUGUUGAAAAUAGAACACGUAGCCCAGAAGCUUCAUGUCUUGAACAAGUUCCAGAGUGCAGACACUAAUAUAUUUGCAGAAGGAGAACAUCACAUGGACAGAAGUCAGCUUCGGGAUCUAAAAGAACUUUUACUGGACUCUAUUGGACUUUUGGAACAGUUAAGGAGUUCCCUUAUUUUGCUACAGAAAAGGUUUGAAUUAGGACAUUGCUCUGGACAAACUCCUGACUGCUAAUAGCCAGUGUCUUUGAGACAAAGAAUAUCUGUGGCACUCCUUGUGACUUUUGACAUUUCCUUUGGAUGAAGACAUGCCAAGAAAAAUGCAUUCCUGUAGCAAACUGAGCUGUAGAACUUUAAAAGGAUGGGGAAAAUGUUUUGGUAGUACGGGAAUAACAUUUUAGUUGUAGAUUUUGUCCUGCCAGUAGUUUUAACAAAUCCAGUUUAAAUUUGUUUGGUAGGUUUCUACAUUGUCACUAUUUGCAUGUAGGAAGCAUCACUACAGAAGUACAUAGAAGAAAAAGAUCAUCUCCACUCCACUAUUUGGUAUUGCAGAGAAUUAAGGCAAAGGAUUUUUUUUUUUUAUAAUUGUACUCCAUUUUUGUUACAUACUUUGUCACAUAUGUCUAGGUCUUUGCUGUCAGAUCAGGGUUGGUGCUUAAGGCCAUUAUUCCAGGGAUGUACAGGAAUCUUAUUUCAUCUCAUUCAUUUCCCCCAUUUAAAUCUUUAAAAAUCAUUGCAGCGAUUUCAAAUAAUGAAUGUCUUCUUUCUGUAUAGAGUUCAGUAGUUUGAUUACACAUACAAAAUAAAAAGUGUCUCCUUUCUACAGAUACCUAGAAUUACUUUGCACUUUUGCUUCCAGCUAUACAAGGUGUGUGUAUGUGCGUGCAUAUACAUGUGUGUACCUGUGUACACAUCUGUCACUGUCUCUGACAUUGCUGCAUAUGCUUGCCUGUGUACACAUUUGUCUGUUGCUGUCUGUCACAUUGCCUGCAUGUUAUGCUGUAAAAAAAUGUACUCUGUUCUUACUUUCUUUUGCCAUCUUCUUAAUCUCUUGCUGCAGUGACAUUUCAUUUAGCUAUUUCCAAGUGGAAAUGUUCCACUGAAAUAUUUGAAAUUAUGAAUUCCUCAAAAAAUUAGCUGAGUACAAAAUACUUUCAUAUAAGGACUUAACAUAACCCAGUCUAGGACUGUUUGUCUGUGCAUUGUAUAGCUGAGCAAGACAGUUAUUUCCUUUUAAUGACACUUUUUAUUAUAUCAUACAAUGAAGAUUAACAUCUCUCUGCAAAGAAGAAACAAAAUGUGAAUUUACAUAUAGAUUACCAUGAGACAGCAGUCUUACAUGGGAUUGGAGGUGUGCCUUUCUGCAUUCAUUAAAACAUGAAUUAAACAUUAUUAUUGAAAUGAGAAAAAUAUGUGAUGUCAUAAGGACAAGACUGUUACAUGUGCCAUCCUAGUUGUAUUUACAAACUGUGUUUUGUUUACAGAGACAUUGCACUUUUUAUUUGUUCUAUUUACUUGCUUGUAAGAGUUACUUUGAUUAUAUUGAUUUACAUGUACAGUUCUAGUGCAAUAACAGUUUUUUAGCUGCUAAAAUAAAAGAAAGGCAUUUUGUGAUGAUGAUUUUGUUAUCAUGCCACAGUAAAAAUAACAAAAGUAUAUUUAUAAGGAAAGAUAUUUGUAAAUAUAUUCUGAAAUUGUACUUUAUGCAAAAUUCUAAUUAUAGAGCAUAUUAGAAAUAAAGUGCAUUCUGAUUCUCUCACUAAAUGAGUGUAAAAGCAAUAUUUUUUCCCCCGAAGUAUAGAGAUACAGAUAGACAGAUGAAUGUCUGAGCUAGUAGGCAUUGCAAGGUCCUCUGGUAACAAGGACAGCAGUGAGAUUUUAAAUGCCAGUCUCACACAUUUCUUUGUUCUUUCCUGCUUUUCCUUGUGACAUAAACCCUGCCAAGCUAGCAGUGCAGGUGAAGUGUGACAUAAGCCCUGCCAAGCUAGCAGUGCAGGUGAAGUGUGACAUAAACCCUGCCAGGCUAGCAGUACAAGUGAAGUGUGACAUACACCCUGCCAAACUAGCAGUACAGGUGAAGUGUGACAUAAACCUUGCCAAGUUAGCAGUACAGGUGAAGCGUGACAUAAACCCUGCCAAGUGAGCAGUACAGGUGAAGUGUGACAUAAACCCUGCCAAGUGAGCAGUACAGGUGAAGUGUGACAUAAACCCUGCCAAGUGAGCAGUACAGGUGAAGUGUGACACAAACCCUGCCAAGUGAGCAGUACAGGUGAAGUGUGACAUAAACCCUGCCAAUUGAGCAGUACAGGUGAAGUGUGACAUAAACCCUGCCAAGUGAGCAGUACAGGUGAAGUGUGACAUAAACCCUGCCAAUUGAGCGGUACAGGUGAAGUGUGACAUAAACCCUGCCAAGUGAGCGGUACAGGUGAAGUGUAGCAUAAACCCUGCCAAGUGAGCGGUACAGGUGAAGUGUGACAUAAACCCUGCCAAGUGAGCGGUACAGGUGAAGUGUUCUUGGCUGCAGUCAUAGUGAUCCAGGUUCUCUUUCCGUCCAUGGAUGCCAAACACUUUCGUGGGUGGGGGUCAAGCUAAUGUUGGCUUGUGACUGGCCCUUGAGUAAGGGGACUGUGGGACUAAUCAAUGUUUUAUGCCCCAUUUGGUGUCUACUAAAAGAAGCAAAUGGGUAGAUGCGAAAAUGACAGUAUUGGGAGAUUUUUGUAGCAUAACUAACUGCGAAGAAGCAUGUAUGUGUGCAGUGCUUUGAUUCAGUGCAUGCCAUUUUCCCAGGGGACUUGAUUAGCAACACAAGUAAAGCUUUGCCACCUGUAUGUUAAUGGAAUCCAAUUCUCAUCCCACCCAUUUGUCAUCUACCUCAUAAGACGGACUUUGAGGAGAAGAUGGGAACAAAUAAUGGAUAAAAUAAAGAAAUGAGUAUUACAUUGUGGAAGUCAAAUGUCAGAGUGGCACUGAAGAAAGAGAAAUGUAAAAACAACAUUUAUAGUUAUAAAAUUUGUAGCUGAAGUAUGUCUCAGUAAGUGGUUUUGGACAUCAAAUUUUACAUUUUAAUUUAGAUUACAGAAAAAAUAAUUAACUAAAUAAGCAAGCAAAAUUGCUGCAGCCUAUACAUGAUAAAUAAAAAUUAUUGCACAAAUAUGGCAGUGCAACAACAAAAAAUACUAUUGUAAAGCAAAAGGCAAGUACUGAAAACUGUAAAGUAACUGAGUAUGCAAUCACCUGAUUAAACACAUGAGCAUAACAAUAUAUUAUAAUUAUAUUAACACCUCACUUAGGGCAGCCACAGUGGUGCAAUGGUUAGAGUUGC